AUGAAGAGAAAAACAGUGAAACUGAGACUUAGUCCUAACGAAGAGGCUGUGCUUGCUCGAGAGGAGCUGCAAAGAAGGAGAAAAUUGAGAUUACAACAGGUUCGGGAGCAGGAGAGGUAUAUUGCGCAUCAGGUCCGCUGUGAAGUGCGAGAGAGGAGGGAGAGAGAGCUGCAGAACUUGGCCGGAGCGCUGGAGGUUGAAUGGCAGCAACAGCAAAGAGAGAGGCUUGAGACUCUGCAGAAAGUCUACCAGGACAGCCUGCAGUGUGUUGGCGAGGGACACAGGAGUGCCAAAGAGAAUGAACCAGACACGGAGGCUUUGGCUAGGAGGAAGGAGGAACAGCAGGUGCGAGCGAAGGAGAGGCAUAGGGAGGCGCUCAGAGAGCUCACUCAUCGCAGACACAUGGAGGAGGAGGAGCGGAGUAGGCACAUCACGGCUCGGAAGAAAGCCCUGCUGGCGGAGAAGGAGAGGGCCGCUAAAGUGGCCAGUCUCCCGCCUCCUCCGCCAAACCCCAUUGAGGUACAGCGGGCCUCCAGGCACACCUGUUUUCAAGUCUGA